CGGUUGGGUGAGCCGAAAGAGUUGACUUGGCUGAUGGUCAAUCGGUCAAUCAUGCGGCCGAGGCCGGUGUGGGCGUCGACGCCUCCUCCAAAUCCCUUUCUUGAUCCUACUGCAGAAGAAGCAAUCCUUCGCCAGCCUCCCAGGAAUCAACCGGCAACGGGCAGGGCAAUUUCUCAUCCCCCUGUUGAUUCUCUGUGGCUUGGUGGAGUUGUUUGUGGCCUUUCUUUGUUUAUGGGGAAGAUAGAAAUCUGUGCAUCCGCAGCCAUUCAAUUCAACCUUUGAAGAUUGUAUUCUUUUUCUUCUUAAUCUUCUUUCCAAGGAAGACAAGUUGCCUUCUCUUGCCCCCGCCCGCCCCUCCCGACCCCUUGCGGUCCACUUUUUCUUUUAGGGAGAAAGAGAGAGAGAGAGAGAGAGAGAGAGAGAGAGUUUUGCUAUAUAAUGAAGGCAUAGGGUAGCUGCUGGAAGGAUUCUAAUCAUUUGCUUGUUUGCUAUUUUUUCCUCCUCUUCUUCUCAUCCCAGAAAGCACAAGGAGGUACAAGAGAAGUGGCCAGGCAAUGUUUCAGAGCCAGAUGGCCAGGCCACCAUCCUUCAGAGGUGCACUCAAAGCCCUCGAAGCUGACAUAAACCAUGCCAACACCUUGGCAGAUGCUAUCCAAAGGGCUUAUGGUGGUGCAUGUCUCCAGAUGAGGUUGUCUUAUAGCCCCUUGGCACCCUUCUUUCUCUUCCUAAUGCAGUGGUUGGACUGCACUUGUUCUUACAGCCUACCGCGCAAUUUGGGGCUUUUUCGAGUUCUUGUCCACAAGGUCUAUGUUGAUGGUAUGACAACAGUAUCUACUUUCGAAAGGCGAGCUAGCAUUAGAGAGUUCUACGCUAUUAUAUAUCCCUCCCUUCGACAACUCGAAAGCAACUUGGUCGAAAGAGCACGAUCUAAGAAGGGCCGAGCUGAAGAGGUAGUUGUCAGGAAAAGGAUGGAACACUGGAAGAAGUUUUUUGAUAGGGAAUUGGACAGAGACGACGAAUGUGGAAUUUGUAUGGAGGUUUGCACCAAAAUGGUCCUGCCGAACUGCAACCAUGCCAUGUGCAUAAAAUGCUACCGUGACUGGAAUGUGAGAUCUCAGUCCUGCCCCUUCUGUAGGGGAAGCAUAAAAAGGGUGCGGUCAAGAGACCUAUGGGUGCUUACAAACAAGAGCGAUGUGGUCGACACCAUGACUUUAGAAAUGGAUAACCUGAGGCGCUUCUAUUCCUAUAUAGAUAGUUUGCCGCUGAUCAUUCCAGACACCCUUUUCUUGGUUUAUUAUGAUUAUGUAGUAUGAUCAGGAGACCUAAGGAGAAUGGUGUACAGAUUGCUGGAAAGCUGACCAUUCCAUUCCUUAUGGAUUGGGUCUGGUAAGAAAAGAGCUCUUCCGACCUCACACUUCAUUUGUUCCAAUUGUGAAGUAGAGUACCAUUGUAAUUCUCCUAAGAAUAAUUGCAUAUAAAAUGAACGUUUUAAGGCACAUUGUUAAAGAAAACUUUGUAGAAGAAAAACAGAAGGAAAAGAAAAGGUGGAGUUCAGUAUA